CAAAGUUACCUGCUCUUAUGUCUAAGGGACCUAACAAUGUUCAUUAUUCUGUUUCCUAAACAAGAACUUGCAAAUAAAUAACACUUUUUAUAGGUUUGUUGGGAGAAAUAAUGAACGAAAACUAGUUGCCAGUUGAUAUAAAUUAGUCCCAUUUAUAUUUUUUUAAUUCAGUUCAAACAUAAAACUAACCAAAUUUGUGUAAAUUUAAAAAUAAAUAAAUUUUAAAAUUUAAAGUAAACUUAAACUAUAAAAAGACGUUGUGGCAUCCACAAUCAGAGAGUGGACUUGCAGCUAAGAUUCUAUUAUAUAAUAAAAUAUGAUUUAUUAUGUACCAAAUCUCUCAACCCCAUUUUGUCUUUGUUACAAAGUGACUUGCAGAAGUAGCAGACCUCAUUUUAUAGAAGGAUAUUAUUGACCCAGAUUUCAGACCAGUGUGCAGAUUCAUUUAAAAAGUCUUUUUGCAAAUAGAGUAAAACUACAAAAAAAUGUGAAAAUUAGAUUUCUCAUUUAUAUUUUUAUAUAAAUCAAUAUAAUUUUUCGAUAAUCUAACACAUCAGUGAUGGUUAUUAAAAAAUCAUGUUGUUCUAGUUUGACAUAUAAUUUAAACUGUUUUUUUUUUAUUGAUAAGAUAAAAAAUUUGUAUUAAUCCAUAUAAUGGAAAAUGUUUUGUUAUGACAUUGUACAUAUUCAUUUCAUAACAUAUAUAAAUAAUCCAAGACAAAAUUUUAAAAAUACAUAUUCAAAAACAAUUUUAUGUAUGAAAAGAAAACAGAGUUUGAGUAGCCUAUAUCAAAAGCGUAGUUCUUCCCUAAGAUAACCAAAAAGUUAUAGGAAAGAUCAUCUUCAUGAAAAUGAUUGUAGAAAAUGAACUCAUGCAAAUAUGAAGGAAGACCGGAUUGUGGCUUAUGGAUUGAUAAAAUUUUGCUGAUGAACCACAACAGAGUGUUAGUAGAUUACAUGUCUGAUCUGGUUUAUGUUUGCUUAAGCCAUCAAUCUGUCCAAUACAAUUAGUAAGCCUAGAAAGAUAUAUCUCUCUAUACACUCCUGUAAAGUAAUAGCACAUUGGUCCGGCACUUCAUUGAGUAAACAGCGCCCACUCUCGCUUUAUACUUUAUAUGCCACCAAAAACCCAGUGGACCUCUCUCCACUGUCCUUUAAACGAACACCAAUAAAAGAAUAACCAACCAUUUAAAUAGCCCAUCAAACUGGAACAAUUUUUGAAUAACGCAUGCUGAAGUGGCAUAUUACCUAAUUUUAACUUAUAACUUAUGAUUUGUAAAUUAAACUGGCAUGCUCUGUAAACAAUCGUGUCUAUGUAAUGAAGAAGGUCAUCUAUUUGUAGAAAAUAAUAACUUACAAGAAUAUUAAACGACUCACAGAAAAAUCCUACACAAAAAGCAGGUCAAAAGAAAGAAAAUGUAUCAUUUUGUAACCACUAAUAGAAGCUGUGUGCAGUGAGUAUUUUAGCUCCUAAUUAAUGUUGGGAUUUCAAUUGUAAAUUUAUUAUAAUAUUGUCACUGUUCCGGCAGAACAAGUGUUAUACUGCAGCUUAUUAUUACAUUUAGCAUUUUUGCAUCUGAAAUUUUACUUUGACAGUUGAGCCAACAAUGACAGCUCUGGCAUGUUAUCAGAUUCCCUCCUCUUUGUUAUCUUGAUCCUCAUUUCCGAAGUCCUACAAGUGUCUCCUUUCCCACUGCAUUGUGCCUCCAGAUAUGAGAAAAAUGUCGUAAAGCCGAUGGUGGAAAGCAGAGAUCUAAUUCUGUGUUGGGUGGUCCAGAUAAAUACACUCAAGUCAUGCAGCUGUUUUCAAAAUGGAACAAAUGAUAUGGCUAAUGUGGCAGAUGAUGAGGGAGAAAUGUCAUCAUCCCCCAAAUGUUGCCUUGGACACAACCUUGUUAAAGAUCACAUUUUGGGUAAGUCUCACUUGUCAAUUUUCAUUGUUUUCUAGCUCAUUCAUAUAGAUUUAUUUAAUAUCAUUAUAUCUCAAUUAAACUGAAGAAACAUUGUAGUCUUCAAGAUAACUUAAUUUAUUAUUUUUUAAGGAAGUUAUGACAUUUACUAAACAAUUUAUUUAAAGAAUUUAAAAAAAACGACAUUGUUACAGCAUCUGAGUUUGAUUUCCACAUUUCCUAGUUGUGAAAGAUCUGCUUGAAAGUCAAUCCUUUCUUAUAAAAUAUUUAUGAAAUAUAAUUCUCUUUCCAACAAACAGCUCUGUCCAAAGAGGUUAACCUGGAAAUUCACCACACUUUUGGCCAGUUCCAUGACCAUUUUCUGCUGUGUCACAGUGAGACAGCUUCUGGCAGACGUGUGCCAACCUCCCCCAUCUCCAACUACAAGUCAGUUCAUCUCCAACACUUACACAGGCAACAUUCCAGGCUCAGAUCUACCAGCCAGGCACUGUUUCAGCUGUAUGAAAGACAAGUGGAGCAACGUCUGAGUCAGCACAGAGAAAUACUCUGGUUUACAGCCGAGCAUGUUCACAAAAGACAUCCCAGAGGGGCUGCGCCAUUGACACCUAAAAAACCUCCCAAAAGAAAUCUGGUGGUGCUAAAAGUGUUUGCCAGCAAUGAAGAGCCAGGUUUGAAAAAUUCCCACAGCGUAAUAAAUUUCAAUGAUUCAGUCUUGCAUUAUUCAGAUUCUGGGCUUGAAGAUUCCUCUCAGCAUCCUUUUGCUGUGACUCAUUCAGCCCCAAAUGAUAUAAAAGACCAGAAGAUAGAAGAUAAACUCAGUCAGUCUUACACCAGUUUGCUCAGUUCAUCAACUCAUUCCAGUGUCAAUGAUUCCACGCACCCCCAUCAUUUGCAAGCUCCCCGGUCCAAAAGGUCAGCGCUGGUGACAUUCGACGACCCAGCUUAUCUUAAACAGUGGCACCUGUUCAACAGCUUGGGCUCGAGAAUGGACAUCAAUGUGACAGGGGUCUGGCAGCAUAACUACACGGGUUCGGGGAUCACAGUGGCAGUGGUGGAUGAUGGGGUUGAGUGGAGGAAUGCGGACUUGAAGGUAAGGAAACUUAAUCUGAUGCACAUCCAUUGGUUUGUGUUUAGAUUUUGUGUUGAAACUAAGCCUAAGCAAAAGAUUACCUGUCUCCUGAUAGAUUGUUUCAAUUCUUUACAGCCACAUAACAUGAAACUGACAGAUUUCAUACUACAGUUUGUGGAUUUAGUUACUAAACUUAAUUUCUAAAAUGAAUAUGUUCAAUGCAACCAAAAAACAUUAAAAAAAUUUUUGGAUCAAUGAAAGAAUCUUAUCUCAUCUUAAAAGAAAAAGAAAGUACAUUGGCGUAACUGAGGGGAGCGAAGUGGGGGGAAGGGAAAAACGUCCCAAGUGACACUUCUGGGGUUUGCGUGUUGGGGCAGAAUUUUGGGAGCUUGCCCCGGGCGGCAUUUAUUCAAGGUAUGCCACUUAGUAAGUAACACCUGUGCCUUGAGUGUUACAGCCAUUAUUUCGCUUAAGAUUUUUUCUUUUAUCACCGCUUGAGUUGUCUAGUUCAUUUUUAUAAGAAUGUUUUGAAUGCUUAUGUAUAAGUUAGGGUCUUAAUUGUUAUCCAGGUGUUUUGUGUCCCUCACAGGCCAACUAUAACCGCAUGGGGAGCUGGGAUCUCAACGAUGAUGACCCUGACCCUUCACCCAGCUCCACAAAACAAUCAAAUCACCAUGGGACAAGAUGUGCUGGGGAAAUAGCAGCUGUAGCCAACAACAAAGUGUGCGGAGUGGGUGUGGCCUAUGGAGCCCAGAUUUCUGGUAUUGUUCUUUGACUAUUGGUGUUGUUCUUUAAUUUAAACAAGUGUUAUUUAUUAUGAAAUUUAUUGGCGUGGUCUACAUCUAGAUCUAAGGGUUGUUCUUUAUCCAGUGUAUAACAUUGUUUUUUUAAAUUUAGUUUUGUGCAUUUAUCUAAAAUUGUUAGUUUUUCUUGUGUAGGCUACUACAAAGUCAAUAUUGGUACAGCGAUCUUAGCUAGACUGAGAACAAUUUUCUAAAAUGUUUUGAAAAAAAAAAAAAAAUUACAUGUUCACUUAUUCCAUGAUAUUGUUGUGUUUUGUCAGGUCUGCGUGUCCUGGACGGAACUAUGACUGACAGCAUGGAAGCUGAGGCUUUCAACAAUCAAUAUUGGUACAGCGAUCUUAGCUAGACUGAGAACAAUUUUCUAAAAUGUUUUGAAAAAAAAAAAAAAAAAUUACAUGUUCACUUAUUCCAUGAUAUUGUUGUGUUUUGUCAGGUCUGCGUGUCCUGGACGGAACUAUGACUGACAGCAUGGAAGCUGAGGCUUUCAACAAGAAAAUGGACAUCAAUGACAUCUAUAGCUGCAGUUGGGGACCUGACGAUGAUGGUAGAACUGUCGAUGGACCCCAUCUCAUGGCUGUCAAAGCGAUGAAAUAUGGGGUGGAUUUUGGCCGCAAAGGCUUCGGCAACAUUUUCGUUGUGGCCAGUGGCAACGGCGGCGAGCACCACGACAACUGCAACUUUGACGGCUACGCCAACUCCAUCUACACCGUGACCAUUGGGGCUGUGGAUGAGAGUGGGGAAAUGCCCUACUACGCGGAAGAGUGUGCGUCCAUGCUGGGCGUUACGUUCAGCAGCGGCACAAACAACAAGAGGGACAUUGUCACCACCGACUGGACCGAGGGCAAGGCCAGCGGCUGUACGGAUAGCCACACGGGCACAAGUGCUGCCGCCCCACUGGCUGCCGGAAUGAUUGCCCUUAUGCUGCAGGCUCGGCCGUGUUUGACUUGGAGGGAUGUACAGUAUAUCAUCAUUCUCACCAGCCAGAAAGUGGACGUCGCUCUGGCUCACUGGCAAGAGAAUGGUGCCGGCCUCUCUCACAGUCACAAGCAUGGGUUUGGCCUGCUUAACUCCUGGAGGCUGGUCAAUGCUGCCAGGGUCUGGGAGACAGUCCCGUGGAUGACUUCUUUCUCAUACAUGGAGGCAGGUGCAGAUAAAAUUAUUCCUAAAGGCUCCAAAACACCAUUGAAGAUGAUCCACGAGAUUACCGAAGCGGAUAUACGUGGAUUAGGAUUGUUCACAUUGGAAAACGUGCAGCUGACCAUAUGGCUGACCCAUCCCUGCCGAGGCAAGCUGGGAGUCCAGUUGAUCAGUCCCGCUGGUACUUUGUCAGUGUUGGCAGCACCAAGGUAAAUAAUUGUUUUAGUUCCAUUCUUUUAAUUGGUUACCCAUAUGUAUCUUAAGUAUUUUAUUAGUUCAACAUUCAAUUCCCUAAAUCAGAUCUGUUUAAGUCAGUUCUCCAUUUCAACAGUCUAUCAUGUUUGGCUGUGCAGCUCUCACUAAGUCUGCAAAUAGCUCAAUAUUUAUUUCUGUUGCACAAAUUUAUCUUAUUUUGCCAUUAGUUCAACAUUCACAUCUGUAACACAAAACUAUAUAGUCAUACUCUUGUCCACUUGUAAAAACUAUCUCAUUUUUGUCCAUUUCUCUAUCUACAGGCCCUUAGACAACUCUACAUCAGGAUUUAGUGACUGGACAUUCACAACGGUCAGAUGUUGGGGCGAACAGCCCUUGGGUAACUGGACUAUCCUAUUUAUUGACAACGAUGAAGAGAAUUUUGGUGAGAAGUAUACUUAUCUUUAUUAUUUUUUUACAAUGCAAUAAUAAUAAUAAUUUUUUUUUGUAACAAUGAUGUUAUGGAUCUCAAAUUUUUGAGGCAUCACACGUUGUGAUAAUAUUUAUUUUUAUUUGACAGCUAUUUAAUGGUUUUACUUCCUUAAAAAAAAUAUUAUAAAAUGAAAGAAACUAGCACUGAAAUACUAAAGUGGAACAGUCAAUUAACUAGAAAUACAAAAGAUGAUUAGUCCAGUUACUAAAAAUACAAAAGUUGAACAGCCAAUUACUAGUAUUACAAAAUUUGAUUUCUUAUUCUAGUAAUUAGUUAUACAAAUGUUGAACAGUCAAGUUUCUAGGUAUACAAACAUCAAGUAGUCAAGUUUCUAGUAAUACUCCCUAGUUUUUAAGGGAUUAUGUUGUAUCCAAUCACAUUUCACCCAAGUGUCCUCUUACACAACAUAUGGCAUUUAGUUUCAAGCUCACGUAUGAACCUCCAUUUUCUAAUAAACCAGGUCAAGGCAGGCUGACCAAGCUGCGCCUGACUUUGUUUGGCACACCCAUGACAGCGUCCGAGUUUGCCCAGCGGCGUCAACGUGUUGAGGCUGCGAUGAGUGGGGAGUUCCUGAGUGCCGGCAUGAGCCAGGCCUGUGCCCCUGCACAAAAAUAUGACAGCCCUUACACACCAGUGUCGGACAGAACACUCAAGGUAAUACUGCAGUUGGCGAGUUCCUUUAAAAAGGGGAUUGUGUAUUAUUAACAAAACAAAAAAAAGUUCUGUAGGGACUGGUUUCUUCUUAUUAUGUCACAUCUUGCACACUCAAACAUUUUGACAAAUGCCUUCAUCAGUAAAUGAAAAAAAAACAUAAUAUAAUUAUAAAUAUUAAAUGUAUUUCAUAUAUGUAUAUCCUUCCUUUACCUAAAAUUGAAAGUAAAGAAUAAGAGUGGGCAAAAGUCCCUAAUGAAUACAUUCUCAUUCUUUUCUUUUGACCUCGUAGUUUCUUCCUUCCAAAGUGUGUCCAUAAAAUCAUUUUUAGCUUUGCUAUUCCCCUGACAAGUGGGGGGGGGGUGGUUUCAUUCAAUCUUGACCUUUUGUUAACUGAUUAGCUACCAGAUCUAGGUCACAUUUACCAACAUUUGCAUAAUGAAUACAUUCUCAUUCUUUUCUUUUGACCUCGUAGUUUCUUCCUUCCAAAGUGUGUCCAUAAAAUCAUUUUUAGCUUUGCUAUUCCCCUGACAAGUGGGGGGGGGGGGUUUCAUUCAAUCUUGACCUUUUGUUAACUGAUUAGCUACCAGAUCUAGGUCACAUUUACCAACAUUUGCGCUGUGGGCGGCUCGUGGCCAUAAUGAAAGAAACGCCCAGCCGCUCCCACCGGCUCAUGGUAGUUAACCAGUUAAGCCUUCCACUAACACUUUGGUCCAGAUUACAAAUACCUGGACUGUGGAUCUUUAUUGUGUUUAAAUGGCCAGAAUCAUGGGAAUUGAAGAAUUGUAUGCCAGACAGUAAUUGUUCUGCUCAUUUUUAUUUUCCUCACUGUUGGUUCCCAGCUUUCAAUUCAAAAUCUGUGUCAUUAUUUUCACUCAAUUCACCAGCAGUUAGCACUAUAUACAUAUAUACAUAUUUUUUUCUUCAUUUUAAGCUUUGUGGCCCAAUCUUUUUCAAUGCUGAAUUUGUCCAACGGUUCUUUCUAUGGAUUAGGGCAGUGGUAUAUUGCUUGUGGGAAUAGGUUAUAGAUGGAUUAUUUUGAGUUAUCAUGUUUACUAACAUAAUUGAGAAUGUAACACAGGAAUGCAUCUUGUGGAAAGUUAAAGAUUGUUCCAUAGUGAUGCUGAAGGGUUUAGUAAAAUUAUUGCACAUGUCGACAAUUUUCAUGAUGUAAAUGAAUAAAACUGUUUCUCUACAUUUCUACAGAUUAUUAUUUUGUCUGGUGCCUUUUGCCUGGUCAUGGCCAUCUACGAGACCUUUGAAUACAUUUUCUGCUACGAUGAUGAAAAAAAGGAAGCAGCGCGCAACAGGGUCUUGGCAAGACGUGCUCGUCGGCUUGUCGACACAUCCAUCAGUUCACCUGAUGGUGACACGAGUCUUCCAAAUGGCGCUUCACUCUCCUUGGCUUUCGAAGAUGAUGACGAGGGGGACGAUGAUGUCUUUGACAUAUCAGAAACUGCAAGACUUAUACGAAGAGACCAGAACACUGGUUCUGAGGUUAUACCCAUGGCCACUUUCAGCUACGAGGAGGUAAGAGAUCCCCUGCCUUCGAAUGUUGUGUCCAGUGCUGGCACAGUGAGAGACCAGAGUGAUCAGCCAGACCCCAACUAGAAAAAAACCUGUGAUUAAAUCCGUUCAUUCCAAGCCUUCAGUCCAAACCUGGGCAUUCCAUGGUGAACUUUUUGCUGUUAAAAGUUUGGUUCAUAUGAGUUCACUUUGUGAUGAUGCCAGAAACGGGGUGAUGUUUUUUGUAUCUGAUUCCUGUCUACAUCAUUUAUAGUGUAGUACUGUAAUUGGACUAGAUCCUAGGUCAGGGGUUUUCAAACUUUUUUAGUGAGGUGCCAUUUUUAUUAAUUAUAUCUGCUAAUAAAAUAUAUUUUUUUAGCCGCGGUUAAUUAUAGAUUAUUUUUUAAAAAAACAAAGCCACAUUGAUUCCUUCAAGGAGCGACAUGUGGCUUUGAAGCAGCGGGUCGUCCUGGCCACUGUCCUGGAUCUUUAUGUAUUUCUUGUAGGGAAGAGCAAUGCAUAGGUAAAAUGUUAUAGUUAGCAUGUGAGCAUGCAGACAGUUUAAGCUGUAAAUUUUCAGUCAUUUUUUUUCUUCUUUUUUUUUUAAACUUGGUUAUUUCAGAAGAGUUUCAAUAAGAAUGUAUUAAAAUAAUGUCAGGGAAAUGAGAAUUACAAAGGCUGCUAAUUCCUUGUUUGGCUGUAGUGAUUUGAGGCUGACUUUUGUCGUGUCAAAUUUAUUUUGAAUACAGGAGAUUAAAAGAAGCCAUAUUCAAAAUAUUUUAGGAAUUUCUCCGAGGGGAGCCUGGUUUGCAAUGCUAUCCACAUCUAUUUCUAUUGAUCUUGUUGGGUCCAUUGAGAUAUUACCUGACAACUGAGGACUGUUGCUACAACCUGUUUCCAACACUUAACUGUUUUAUUAUUUAUAUUUUUUUUGUGUGUGCAUAAUCUAUUGCUACCCAGACAGUAUAUUUUAUACACAAGUAUUUUUGUUCGCUUUGACUUUUUUCUUUUAUGCUGUUGUCAUUAUUUGAACAUACACAUUUCUGAGCUUUUAAAUGCCAUAGCUUAAAAAAAACAACACAUAACUGGUCAUUAUGGAUUUUAACAAUGUAUAUUAAAUGAUGAUUAAUUUUUAUGUAUAUUAUAAUUUCUUUUUCCAUAUGCGGG